AUGCGACAUUUCAUACUUUUUGUGGUCUUCACCACGUUUCAAGGUUAGUUGAGAUGUGAUACAGGUUCACAAGUAGAGAAAUGAAUAGAGAAUUCUAAGGUGUCAGAAAAAAUCCGGAAAAGAUUUGAAAACCUUGAAAUCCUAUUCUAAAAGACAUUGUGAAUCUGUUGAGGUUGCCUAAAAUGUUUGAAAGUGCUGUUAGAUUAGCCUUAAAGAUUACUGUAGCACUUACCUGGCAGAGUGUGAAUGGAAGUGUUGAGAGCGCGAGUAGACACACCAAAGCUAAUUGGAAUACUGGCUGUUGGCUGAAUGCGCGAAACACUGAUAAAAGUGGGCGUGGUCUGCGAGAGAGACAGGACAGACACAGAAGGCUUUUCUAGAAAAAUCCGGGCUUGCCUUUGCGCCACCGCGAGGAGGCGGGGCGUCUCAAUAAAGCUCAAGGUUGCAGUGUUUCGAAAGAAAUGGUCUGAUUGAACUUGGCCCAGGAAUAUAUGUCGUUUUAUCGAGAAAGUAUAUAGAAUGUGACUAAAAGUACCGUACCUCGUUGAUAAAUACCUUCUCCAACUCGGAAAGACAGCUUUAUUGGCCAAGAAAUCCAAUAGAGCCGGCGCAGAACACAAAAAGGAAAGAAAAGUAAUUCGGUUUGCCAACCAGACGCCCAAUGUCUGACUGAUGACGUGGGUCACAUAUUACUACGGUAGUUUUUGAACACUCAAAAGAUCCGGGAUGUUUUUGAGCAAAUACGUCACUUCGAGCCGGAGCAGGAGACGGAGUAUCUAUGGAUAUGCACUUCUAUGCAUUUUUCGCAUCGUUUUGGGGUUAGGGAAAAGAACGAGAAGAAAAUUUAGUUCUAAAAGGGUUAGCCGUUUAAGAAGGUCUUGUGACGGUUGAAAUUCAAUGUAGCAGUAAGAUUGGAAUGUAUAAAAAAAUGAAGAACGUUCUGUGCAGUCAAAUAGACUCCAGAGUUAAAUGCGCAAAACUUCAUGACCACUUGACUAGGCUCGGGGUUUUGGCUUCAAGAAACAAAUUCAAUUGUGACUAACCGCCCCGUAGAUCACAAUAAUUUCCAUAUUUACUCGGAUCUUGACAGUGAGUCAGAAGUUGGCCAGGCCUCGGAAAAUUGCUCCGGCACAAAAGUCAGGAGUUCUCUUUUUAAUCCCCAUGGGAACCAGAAUCAGUUCUUCCCGUUAUUAUCAGCUUUUUAACUUCAUUGCGUUCCGGCCUACAUUUGAUCAUUGAAUUUGAGUGAGUAAACCGACAUUCGAAAUGUCAUCGAAUCACACUGAUAAAUGUGUAAGGGCCAGAGUGCUAAACUCUAUUUCACCUGUCCCGGGUUACGGUAGUCAUGUAGGAUAUUUGAGCACGCUUCCGAGCGUGCAGAGAACAAAACAAGAACCAGGAAGAGGUGAAAGAUAGACAUUUCUGAGAAGCUCAUAAAAUUGCGAUAUUCUGGCUCGUAUCAAAUCAAAUGCGAAUAUUUUUCAUAUGUGUUGGGUUGGGUUGGGGGUGGCCAAUUCAGGAAAGCAUAUGGAAAAGUGGUUGGGAGGCCGAUUGCACAGCUUUUAUAGAAUAAAGGAGAGAAUGUGUGGAUAGACGACGGAGGUAGUAGAAAAGACGGCAGAGACGAAGGUGUGGUGGUGGGGGGGUAGUUGGACAAAUCAGUUUUUGCCUUUUUCUCCAUCCUCUCCAGUAUUUAAUCAGAAAACGAAAUAGUUAGGAGAGAGAAAACGAAUAACUUAAGUCAGCUGGUGCCCCUUUUCCCUCCAAUCCAACCCCGCUCCUUCUUUUUGAUGAUGAUGUUGGUGAGAGUGGGGGUGGGAGGUGAUUUCAGACGGUUAAUGUCCGGGUGAUUGACUGGGAAAUGAGAAAAGAAUCGAAAAGUUCUAGAAGGCGAGCGUGGGAGCGUUCACAAGUUCUCACGUGAACUUUCUGGAGGCGGGGUUGAAAAAAAUCUGGAAAAAGGGAUGACUAAUGGACUGUUCGAUCUAGUAAAAAAGGACGAGCCAUUAUUGAGCAAAAACCCUCGAGUUGCAACGUUUUUUCGCUUUCUGAUCAAAACCUAUCAGUUCUUUGAAUUGGACACUUGGAAACCUUUCUGCAAAUUUGCAAGUUAGCACAUUGACCAAAAAACUACAAACUACCCCCCACUCCACUUUCCUCUUUUGCAAGACCACAAAAAAAACCGAGCCUAGACAAUUUAAUCAGUCAGCAUGAGAAAGAGAAACUUUGGUCCGCAUGGAGAUGAACAGCUGUUCACGAAAUUGAAUCAAUUUGCAGCGGUCCGAGCUCUGUGUCCUUGCAACGGAAUCGUGGUUGAAGGCAGCGAUCAGGAGCACUGCUGGCAAAUCGAAACACGCGACUCUUCCGACUGGACAGGGGCAGACGAUGCCUGCGUGGCGGUCGGAGGACAUUUGGGACAUCUCGAUGAUAGCACUACCUUCGAAUCGAUUUUGAGUUAUGUGCAAAAGAACUCGGAUCUACCUGUAAUAACGGGAAUUGUGGCGGCAGAUCUGUAUACACCGGUUUAUGUAAUGAUGUGCCAGAACAACAACAUUUACAGCACGAUUAAUGAUACCACCGACGUUCUUUUUUCUAAUGUGAGUUAUGGUGAGGUGCAGAUUAAUCAUUCCCACGUUUAGGACCCAACGGAAAACAGUACUUGCACAUUUUUGUUAUCCAAUUCUACAGAACUGGCUUUCUACGAUUGUAACAUCACCGCCAAUGUUCUGUGUGAUAGACGUGAGACGAAAAAUCUUAUACUUCUCCUUCGAACCUCUUUUUUUUCAGCUCUGGAAAGCCAGGAUUACUGUAGCAUCAUGGCCAACUGCUCGUCAACCACAACAUCCGCCUACUCAACCACAACAAGCGGAGUAUCCAAUGUCUCGGCACAAACCAAUUCGUCAUCGUCGGCCGGGACAGGUGGAAGCACAAGCUCUCUUGUGACAUUAACAAGUGGAGCGCUUUCCUCGACCACUGAGGGAUCAGCAUCAGCGUGUACUUGUCCGAGUACUGACACGACUACAGUAGUCAGUUCCUCGAGUAGCGGAGCGUGUUCCGAACAGGAUGGAUGUCUCAAGCAUCAGUGGAAGAUCAUCGGAAUGUGCGUGGAUUGGAGGGCCAUCCUGAUCAUGCUUGCUAUCGGAUUGCUGUGUUUCCUUUGCUGUUGCAUCUGUCACUUUUGCCUGCACGCCUGUAUGUUCUGUACUCCGAGGCCUCGUCGUGAAAAAGAGUGAGUAUUCCAUUGCUGAUUAAUCCUGUUGUUCUCUUUUCAUGCUCGUCAUCAGAGACCCGGUUCUGCCGAGUCGCUCCGUAAUUGCUCCGAUUCCUUUGGCGCCAAAGCAACAGGUGAAUUAUGAUGUGGAGAAGUCGGACGUGAUCGUUUUGCCGCCAACCGCUAUUCAGCCAGAGCCAGGUUUUCAAGGGCGAGGGGUUGAGAAAAAGUGAAUGAUGUUUUUUGAAGUGAUCAUCACGGUACCGGAAAAGCAUGAAUCGGUGUACGGGUUCCAUACGAAGGAGAUCAUCCACAUGAUGCCGGAAAGACCGAUGACGAGAGAAAUUGGUAAGAAAACUCGGGAUUUCAAUUGUUUCAAUGAGGUUUGGUGAUUCUAUUAUUUUUCGAUUUACUUCCGGUUUCGAAGAAAAUUCUUUGAACUCGGGUCGGUAUAAGUUAGCAUAAGCUUUUUGUAUGUACACACAUUACAAUCAGUGGACUCUGUGAGGAGUUUGACCGUACUUUGGCUCAUGAUUACGUUUGUUUAGGUACCAUGACGGAUCCAUUACAACCCGAAAUCCCUGCCAUUACGGCUGCUCCUGCUCCUGUUAUCAAACGCAAGAAGGCAAUUAAGAAGCCAAAGAAAAUGUUCAUCCCGGCCACCGCGGAGCCCAUGGACUCCAUUGAAGAAGACGCGGCCGCUGAAAUUGCCAUUGACAUGCCGCAAAGUCCUGGCGCUCGUUCGGUUGCCCCUCUUGGCGAUGCUCCGGACAUGAUCCCUCUGAAUUUCUCCCGCAAUCCAAAACCCAUGAUGCCGGAAGGAAAGAUUCCUCAUGAUGAGAUCCAGGUUCCCCCGCGCCGUGAUGAGAACGGAAGACCGGGUGCAAUGAGAAUGGGGCAACGCACACCUGAAGAAAAGAAGAAGCCUGAUGAUUUUGAUCCAAGUGGAUUAAGGUAUAGACUAUUCCAAGAAUCCCUUGCAAUUAUUAAGGACAUUUAAAGAUCACCACCACUUCCCACGAAAGGAGCCUCGCCACCGAAGAGGAUGACGUAAGAUGACGGCGCAUGUGUUAGAAAAUUCUGGCAUUUGUUUUGCAGAUUCUCCCCGAUCGCUGAUGAGUCUGAUGAGGAAACCGGAGCAAGAAUUCCGUCACCCCCUCGUGAGCGGAAGUCGGCUGGGUAAUCGGCAUUCUGACGAAAUUCUUUUUAGUCUCCUGUUGUUUUUUUUCAGACCUAAAAACAACGGCGGUCUGGCGAGCCCAAAUCCUGGUCCAGAAUUGAAUCGUGGUGCUAUGGAUCCAAAGCCAACCAUGAAAAACAGGUGCGUUAGAGGUUGGAAGAGAAAUGAGCUUUGUCGAGUGUCUCCUUUACACAUGUUUAUCUAACUUUCUUUUGUCUUAAGACUAUGAAAAAUUUAGUAGCCAGUUGAAAAAAAGGUGGUUUUGCAGGCGUCUCAACGAAAUGGCUUCGCCGACUCCCGGAGCGAAUCCACCUGCUGCCAAAUCACCGAUUUCUGGCGGAGCUCCUGCUUCAAAUAAUCCGUUUGCCAGUCUAGGGGGACCGUCCCCGGCUCCUGCCGCUGGAGCUGCCGGAGGAAUGCCCAAUGAUGAUGUGGGAAUGAGAGCUGCAAGAGGAAGACUUGGAGGGGUAUGGUAGUUAUUGUGAUAGACCUACAAACAUGAUACGAAAUUGGAAGAUAAAAUUCGGAGCGUAUGCAAAUUGAAAAUUGAAGGCCGGAAGUCUAAGGCUGGGCAAUUGACCGACCGGGGUUUUUCUAGAAAACCUUCGGGAGCAUUUGCAGUAUUCUGAUCGAGUCCAAACUUUUCAGGCUUAUUGGACUUGGAUUAAAGUAUGUUUAGUCUGAGUUUCAGACCGAUCGAAUUACUUGGUCCAUAAAUAGUGAUUUAUGGCUGACAAAGCCGACCCCAAUUCCCUUUUUUUCAAGUUUGAAACCAAUAAAAUCGACUAUUUCAAGUCUCAUCAAAAAUGUUUUAUUUCAGGCAGUCCGAGGUGGCGGCGGUGGCGGAGAAGCCCCAACCGGCUGGAAACCCUGGGCAAAAGGUGGUGCACGUCGCUAA